UCCCACCUCAAAUCCAUUCUUCGAAGGUUUACCUAGCCCCGCGCGCGACGUGCAGCUCACAGCGAGCUUGAAAUGGUAGAUUUUCCCUGAACCCGAGAACUAGUGACACGCAGGCUAGAGGCAUAUCGAACCAUAACGACAGGGUUCUGAAGGACUGGCAGACUACGUUCAAGAUUUGGCUCAUAGCACACGAGUUACCAGGCGAGUCGGUAGGACUUUCGCUAGUUUACGUUGAAGUAACCCUAACGCGACAUUGAUUGUCAACGCUUGAAAGCGAAUCCAGCUCGCAAUACUAUCUUACAGGCUACUCAAGUAGGUCGUUCCUAACUCUCGUUACAUUGCCAGUCGGGAUACCCCCUCCCUCGCUAGUAGUCGAAUCUCCUUCCCCUUAAGUCCCGGUCUACCUACCCUCGCGGCUUCGCGUUCCCCGCUGCAUUCCCUCGUCAGCUUCGUCGUCCAACCAGGCACCCGGAAUCCACGUAGUCCUACCUCCAUGAGGAGAUUAAGAUUUUCAGCUCCGCCCCGCUGGGUGUCUUGCGUGGCGGUGUUUCUUCUCGCCGGCCUUGCCGGCUUCGCCAGCCCGGCUAAUGCGCUGGUGGCCGUCAACUCCAUGCAAUACGGCUUUCUGGGGCAGCUGCGGGCGGCGUGGGGCGGCAACUUCUUGGAGGCGCGGACGUGGGCGUACGGGUCGAUGUGCAUGGAGGACAUCAGCGACGGCUCCGACGACGUCGCCGUGUUCAAAGGCAUCCUCUGCUCCGCCGACGGCAACGUCGUCGAGAUCAAUCUGCAGCAGAGGUCGCUGGUGGGCCCCAUUCCCGACAUCAUCUCCUACUUCAUCGCCCUCACUGGCCUGUACGUGACGGACAACGACCUGUACGGGUCUAUUCCUAGCGGCAUCAGCGCGCUCGCGUCCCUGCAAUACUUUCACAUGGACUACAAUCACAUCAGUGGCACCAUCCCCUCCACAAUAGCGAAGCUGCCCAUGCUGCAGAGCCUGCGGCUGAAGGGCAACCUGCUGACGGGCUCCAUCCCCAACGUCGCCACGCUCAAGAACCUCGCCACUCUCGAUCUAUCCCUGAACCAGCUGACGGGGAGCAUACCGCCGGCCCUUGCAGCACUGCCGGGUGCAGGAGAAAUAUACCUCGCAGGAAACAGUUUGACAGGCCCGCUGCCUCCCAAGCUCAACCUGCCCAACCUUAUGACCCUGGAUCUCUCCUUCAACUACUUGUCCGGGAGCAUUCCUGCCUCUGUCAGCACUCUUGCGACACUGCAGUACAUGGAUCUAGCCUACAACCAGCUAUCAGGCUCGCUUCCCUCGCAGAUGGGCAAGAUCUCCUCCCUCAUGCGACUGGACCUGCUAGCCAACACAAUGACCGGCAGCAUUCCUCUCGUCUUCUCCAACCUCACUCUCCUCCAAACGCUUGUGCUACAGCGCAACAGCAUGAGUGGUCUCAUUCCCUCGCAGCUCAGCAGACUCACCGGCCUGAUCGAACUGUCUCUGUCCAGCAACGGCUUCCAGGGCUCUCUGCCCGCCUCCCUCAGUGCUCUCACCUCGCUCACCUGGCUGUCCGUUAGCAGCAACCAGCUCAACGGCACCAUCCCCUCCGCCCUCUUCACUCUCUCCAACCUCCAAGUCCUCGAGCUGGACGACAAUCUGCUGACGGGCUCCAUCCCCGAGUCCAUUUCAGCUCUCGCCUCGCUGCAAUUCCUCUCCUUGUCUCGCAACAUGCUCUCCGGGGCCCUGCCUUCCUCGCUCGCCGGCACCACUGGACUCGUCUACGUUGACUUUAGCAGCAACGCGUUUUCGGAUGCGGUACCGCCGCAGUACUUCGCCCGCACUGCCUCCCGCUGGACGCUUGACGUCCGCAGCAACAUGUUGGUGGGCGAGGUGGACGCCCUGGCCAACGGCACAGCGUGGUACGACAACAACUACUUCUCCUCCACCGUCUUCGACGCCUCCUCCUGCGACCCCGCUGUCACUCCCGCCACGCUCUCCUUCCGCCGCAACUGCAUCCCCCCCACCGUCUGCGACGCCAUGCCCCAGAGGACGGACGCGGAGUGUGCCGCUUUCUGUGGACUCGCGCCCGCGGCCACGCCAGAGGGGGAGGUGUGCGGCGGGCAGGGCAUGUGCGCGCUGCUGCCGCAGCAGCCGGUUCAGGCAGGGGUGUGCUCGUGCGAGGACUCGUUUCAGAAUGGGGAGGACCCCGCGACUUGCGUGGAUUCCUCUGCUCCCUCGUUCCCGCUAUUCACAACCCUCCGCUCAUCCUCCCUCCCAACCGUCACCGGCAGUAACGUAGCAACAGCAGACGCCAGCAACGGCACCAUCAUGCUGACCACCUUCAGCGCCAACGAGUGGGGCGCGGCUCUCCUCGCCGCCCCCACGCGCCUCUUCUCCUUUGCUCUCCGCAAGGCCGGCUGCGGCCGCCCCUUCGCCUUCUCCGUCGCCUUCUCCUUCCAGCUCACCCCCGCCCCGGGGAAAAAAUCUUCUGGAGGGAUCGCGUUCGUGAUUGCUUCUGCUGAUUCGGCCUCUACAGGGGAUGUGUUUGGGCUGGGGUACUCGGGGUUCGGAGCCAAGAGCGUGGCGGUGGAGUUCGACGGGUUUCAGGAUAAGAACCUAACGAUCAAGGACAUGUCGGCGAACCACGUGGGGCUCAACCUCAACGGCAACCCCUUCUCCGUUGCUGCGGCCACCUCCGCAGUGGUGUUUGGAGAUGGGAAGGUGAAGUACGCGUGGAUCGACUACGUGCCGCUGGGCGACACUGCAGGGACUGUGUCUGUGUUUGUGGCGGCCACGGCAGUGAAGCCGGUGAAGGCGGCGCUGAGUGCGCCUCUGUCGCUGUGCGCUGUGCUGGGGCCGGUGGAAGGGGAGGAGUCGUUCUAUGUGGGGUUCACGGGGGCGAGCACGACGCUGACGGGGCAGAGGAACGUCAUUCUGAGCUACACCAUCAAUACCAGUCUACCCAACGCCCUCGCACCGAAGCCCACUGUCGCGUAUCCCCUGGGCUUCGCCUUCACCAAGGACGCCUUCUCCUCGCUCAACGCCAACCGCUUCUCGCGCCACGUCAGCGUGGGCUCCAGCGCCACGGCGCGCGAGUGGACCCCCAAGGACGCGGUCAACUGGAACGACAUGGGGCUCCCGUGGCCCGUCAAGGACCAGCUCAAGUGCGCCGACAGCUGGGCGUUCGCCCUCGUGGGCAGCAUCGAGGCAGCGUACAGCAUCGUGGGGAAUCUGUCCAAGUCCACCAUUUUCAAGGUGGACCCGCUGAGGACGUCGCUCAAGACGAAUUGCAAGGGCGGGAACCCCACGGCGGGGCUGCAGUUUUUGGUGACCAGCGGGAAGGUCGGGGGCGGGCUCACUGCCCAGACCACGUACACACGGCCCAUGGGGGUUGCUGCUGCUGCUCUCAGAGGGACCAAACCUGUGGUGCCCACGUUCCCCAUAGCGGGCUUUGAGCGUGCGCCCAGCAUGGGGUGGUUCGGGCUGCUGCUGGCCGUGCAGCAGCAGCCUGUGGUGGUGGCCAUCCAGGCCACAGCCCCAUCGUUCAUCUCCUACAACGGGCUGUUCAAGUACCAGGACCCGGCGUGCUUCACCUUCUCCCCGAACCACGCAGUGCUGGUCGUGGGGUACCGGCUCUCGGGCUCCGACCCCGCUCUCCCACACAUCGCUGCGCCCUACUGGAUCAUCCGCAACUCGUGGGGCGAGGGGUGGGGCGACGGCGGGCACAUGCGCAUGGACAUGCAGGGCGGGUAUGGCGUCUGCGGCAUCAACACGCUCCCAGGCGUCUACCCUGUCGUCAAAUCGUCCUCGGAUGCGUGCAACAAAGACGUGAUUCUGCCGGACGGCACACCCCUGGCGAACCCGUGUGGGGGGUUUGCAUGCACGGUGAAUGGCACGACCAACAAAUGCGCCUGCGACGGCACCUACUACGUGCAGGCCACCAACCUCGAUGGCUCGCGCACCUGCACUCUCGUGGACGUGUGUGGGGCGUCGGGCUUCAACCCGUGUGGCGUGGGCACGUGUGUGAAUGACGGGGUGGGCUCCUACUCCUGCGUGUGCCCGGCCAACCACCGCCAGGGCAUCACCAUCGACGGCACCUUCUCCUGUGCUCCCUCGCUCACCCUGGCGGCCAACUACACAGUGAGGGGCGGUGAAGUGACGUGCGCGCACGUGCACCAGACACUCGGACUCACUCUAAAGCAGCUGCAGCAGCUCAACUCUGCGCUGGACUGCAAUGCGGCCAUCCCCAUCAACACCACCAUCAUCACCACGCGCACCGCGCCUCUCCUUGGCUGCUCUGCCUACUACACCACCACCGCUAGCGACACGUGUCUGGGCAUAGCGACGCGGCACGGGCUGACGGACAACUGCGACCCCGUGGAGAAUGAGACGUGCACGUCGCCCUCCACCACUGCGUGCGUCAAGCCCUGCUCCGCCGCACUGCAGACACUCAACCCGGGCCUCGACUGCAGCGUCGGCACCGACGGCACGCUCCCCGCGUACCUCUCUGUCUGUGUCAAGGUGGAUUAUUUAUACGUGCCGCGCGUGCCGGCGUGCCCGCACGUGCACACGGUGGCGCCGGGGGAGACGUGUGACGUGCUGCGCAGCACGGUGGCAGGAGGGAUGAGUCUGGAGGAGCUGCUGCGGCUCAACCCGGGGAUUCUGUGCGACCGCCUCGCCAUGCCCGUGCCCGCUGCUGCUGCUGCUGUCAUUCCCAACUACGAUUUGUGCUGGGCCGACGCGUACGAUCCCCAGAUUCCCACGUGCCCACGACCGUACGUCGUUCUCAAGGCUGACACAUGCGACACAAUCCUGCCCAAGUCCUUUGGUGGAAGUCAUGAUUGCUUCAGGCAGAUCAACGGCUACGAAUGCCUCAACCCCCUACAACUGGGCGCUCGUAUUUGCCUGCCAGAUCCCGCGGCGCUAUCUAGGGGCAGGUGCCUUGUGUAGAGAAAGGCGUAAUGGAGAUGUUUGUGUAAACCCUGUACAUGCUUGCUGAAUUUUUUUGUAUUUUUUAUAUUAAUUUUCAUUGUUUGUGUGAUGUAUAGUAUUUAUUGAUUUAUAA